AUGGCCGCAGCCAGUGUGAUCGCUUUCUUCUCUACUGCCGUAUUCCUCGGAAAUGUCGCUUUCAGUGCGACAGGAUUUGCAAUGGCAAUUGUUUUCCUCUUCCUAUAUCAGAUUGGUUCAUUAGUGUGGCUUGAUUGUUGUAACAUUAGAUACGCUGUUUUUAUACAAACAAUUGGUUUCGUUGUCAUACUCCCAAUCACACUAUGGCGUUCUAAUCUAAGAGAUAACAUUCGUGCCGAGUUACUGGUUGCGUUUGUUCCAAUCACAUUUGCAGGAACACCGCUUGGUCAAUACUUGCAAGAUUUCACUCCGGUAGGGGCUUUAAAGGUUCUGAUUGGCUCCCUGACGAUACUAGUUGCAGCCUGGCAGAUUCAUGAGUACUGCAAGAAAAGAAGGAAAGAAAAGCGACUUGAAAAGAACAAAGAAUCGAAAGUGGUCGAAGACAACGUUUUGACAGCUCUUGUGCAGGAGGAGAGACCGCCUGUUUUCUUCUUGAUUGGAAGUCAACGGUCGGGCAGCAAUUGGCUUCACACUAUGAUCUCGGAAAGCAAAGUUAUAGCAACACCCCACCCUCCUCAUAUCUUGAAAAGUUUUAUGCCCAUCUUAGACAAGUUUGGCGAUCUUUUCCAAGAAGAUAAUAUGCGCGCAUUAGUCGAUCACGUGUGCGAGUUCGUGGAAAAGAAUCCCGUUCCAUGGGUGGACAUUAACGAGGAGCGGAUCAUUUUUGAUCGAGAGCAAGUCUUCCAGUGUUGUAAAGGAAGCACUGUACCGCUUGUUGCAGUAUUUGAAGCCAUCAUGGAUGUGUUUACAGUCCGUAACGAGUGUAACACGUGGAUGUGCAAGUCAAUGAGCUAUGGCAAGUUCCACGAGCAGCUGUCUAUGCACUUUGGAUCCAGGCUUCGUUAUGUUUACUUACAUCGUGAUCCUAGGGAUGUUUGCCUUUCGUUCUCAAAGGCACCAGUCGGUGAGGCACACUAUUACGUCAUUGCUGAGACCUGGCGAGAUUUACAAGAGAUUGCCAUUGAUUUACACAACUCGGUGCCGGAGGGAACCAUCCACCAGUUGAGCUACGAAGCACUUCUCUCGGACAAACAAGAAACUUUGGAUUCCCUUUUCCAAUUUCUUGAUAUCAGAAACAAAGAGCAGCUUUAUGGGCAGAUAAUUAGCAGGGAGGCGUAUCGUAGGGCUUCCAAGUCAUCCCUUUGGAGAAACCUUGUGCGUGGUAAAAGCCUAAGUGAAAUCCAAAAAGACAAAUGGAAAAGAUCAGAAGAUUUGACCGAUGACGAUGUGAAGAUAAUUGAGGCACAGUGCAGCCAUGUCAUGAAUAUUCUAGGAUAUGAACUUGAGUAUACCGAUCAACUUCCCAAGUUCAGUGAAGAGGAGAUUGCUGAGUUUCGGCGACUUAACGAGGAAGGAAAAGCUGCAAAGAAGGCAUCCCUUCACGAAACAGACCCAGAGGAUCAUAAACGUCGCAUGUUACAAGCGUCGGUUCUUGAAAAGAAUGUCGUGUUCCCUGAGAAGCGUGAAGCCGAAUCAUUCUGGCAUGAAGUCAAGAAUCAGUUAUGGCCUCUCCGCCCUGUUUUCUUUUGGAUGCUUCUUGCUGGUUUUGCAAGUGGCUUCUUAGGCGGGUUAAUCGGUGUGCGUGGUCCACCCCUUAUUAUUUUCUUCUUUUUCUUCGAAUAUCCUAAGAGUCAGAUCAAGGCAAAUGGAACAAUUGUUGCCACCAUCAACGUUGUAAUUCGUGUGGUCACUUACAUUGUAAGAUCACCACCAGCCUCGUAUCCAAGCAAAAACUGGUUCACAGAGGAGGAUAAAUAUUUGUAUAUUUUUGUCUCUAUCAUUGGUGUGUUAGGGGCACCGGUUUGGCUUUGGCUGUCGAAACAUAUCAAUCAAACACGCUUCAAGAUGAUUUUAGCGUGUAUCUUAAUCAUUAAUGGCGUUACCAUGAUUGUAACAGGUUCUUUCGAUUUGUAA